AUGGCGCCGCAUCGAAUCCACAAGAUACUCAAGGUACAUUCGCAGGAAUACGGAGGAUACGACUAUCCAGUACCGAAGGUUUCCUUUUCGGACGGCUACUCCUAUCCGAAGCCGGCCAUACCGUUCCCACCGCCAGCGCCCACAGUGAGCAGCGGAUAUUCGUAUCCAAAGCCAUUGGUGCCAUUCGUGCCGGAACAGCCCAAGUACAGGCCCCCGGUGCAGCAGAUCAUUCCACAGGAGCCGAAGCUGGUUCAGGGAUACUCCUACCCGAAACCAGCGCUGCCAUUCCCACCGCCGACGCAGCCCCAGCAGAUCAGAGUGACCGCGCCGCCAACGCCAUCAGCAGGAUACGCUUAUCCCACGCCCUCGAUUCCCUUCCCACCACCACCACCCAGGACUCCACCCCCACAGCCGAAGCAGCAGGGCUACGACUAUCCCAAACCCAGAAUCCCAUUCCCAGCUCCCACUCUCCCGCCCCAGAAAUACCUGCCUCCUGUGACGACUGCGAGCCCACCAGUGCCUAAGUACCUGCCCCCAGUGCAACCACAGCCCACGUAUCUGCCACCACCUCAGCAGAAGCAGCAGGGAUACGACUAUCCCAAGCCAGCCAUUCCGUUCCCACCUCCGACGAAUCCACCACAGAAAUACUUGCCCCCCGUGACGCCUACGAAGCCGCCACAGCCGAAAUACUUGCCACCAGUCAUCAAACCAACACUCCCACCCCAGCCGAAGUACCUGCCGCCACCACCUCAACCCAAACAGGGCUAUGAGUAUCCCAAGCCCGUCGUUCCAUUCCCACCACCAACGAAUCCACCACCACAGCCCAAGCAGGGCUACGACUAUCCCAAGCCAGCCAUCCCAUUCCCACCACCCACCAAUCCCCCACAGAAAUACCUUCCUCCCGUUGUCCCAACCAAACCACCGCAACCCAAGUACUUGCCUCCUGUAAAGCCCACUAGCCCACCACAGCCGAAAUACCUGCCUCCUCCUCCCCAACCCAAACAGGGUUAUGAGUAUCCCAAGCCCGCCGUUCCAUUCCCACCACCACAGAAAUAUUUACCACCAGCAACCACCCAGGCACCACAGCCCAAAUACCUACCUCCCGUCCAAGCCACUUUGCCGCCACAGCCCAAGUAUCUGCCACCUCCUCAACCCAAACAGGGCUAUGAGUAUCCCAAGCCCGCCAUUCCAUUCCCACCACCGACCAAUCCACCACAGAAAUAUUUACCUCCUCCCGUAAGAACAACUCCACAACCGGCGCCGAAGUACUUGCCCCCAACAAACCCACCGCAGCCCAAGUACCUGCCACCUGUGCAACCAACCAGCCCACCGCAGCCGAAGUACCUCCCACCACCGCAGCCCAAACAGGGCUAUGAGUAUCCCAAGCCAGCCAUUCCAUUCCCACCCCCAACUAAUCCUCCUCAGAAGUACUUGCCUCCCGUUAGGGUAACCAUCCCCCCACAACCCAAGUACCUGCCUCCUCCGGUAAAGGCAACCCUCCCACCACAGCCUAAAUAUCUGCCACCCCCGCAACCAAAGCAGGGCUACGAGUACCCCAAACCCGCAGUUCCCUUCCCACCACCAACGAAUCCACCUCAGAAAUACUUGCCACCCAUCACCACCACCACCACACCUGCGCCACAACCACCCAAGUACCUGCCACCCCCGCAACCCAAACAGGGCUAUGAAUAUCCCAAGCCAAUUGUUCCAUUCCCACCAGCAACGAAUCCACCACCACAGCCCAAACAGGGCUAUGACUAUCCCAAGCCAGCCAUCCCAUUCCCACCACCCACCAAUCCCCCACAGAAAUACCUGCCUCCCGUUGUGCCCACCAGCCCACCACAGCCCAAGUACCUCCCCCCACCACAGCCUAAGCAGGGAUACGAGUAUCCCAAGCCAGUCAUUCCAUUCCCACCUCCCGCGCCCAAGACAGACGGCUACUCAUAUCCGAAGCCAGCGAUCGCCUUUGAUUUCUGA